AUGGGCAUUAAGGGUUUGCAGGGAUUCGUGACGAGAGUUUGCCCCGAUGCAUGCAAAACAGUAGAUCUGAGAGAAAUGGCAGAAAAACAUCGGAUCGAGCAUCCUGAUUUCCCACCUGUUAUUGUCGUAGAUGCCAUGAGUUGUGUUAGAUACUGGUACACCCCAGAAUCCUGGGUGUGUGGUGGCCAGUGGCGGGAGUACCUGGCCGUCUUACAGGAUUUUAUUAAUGUUUUCACGGCUGCUGGUAUCAAGUUGGUGUUUCACUUUGAUGGAGUGGUAGAAGAGAAAAAGAGAGAUGAGUGGAUCAAACGGAGGUUGAAUAAUACCAAGGAAAUAGCCAGACUAUUUCAGUUUGUCAAGACUCACAGGAAACAACCCGGGAGAGAAAUGUUUGUUGUUCCUUCAGCUUUGCCUACUUUUACACGUUUUGCCCUGAAGGCACUUGGUCAGAAAACAGUAUGCACAUUGCAGGAGGCAGACUUUGAGGUGGCUGCAUAUGGUUUGCAACAUAAUUGCAUAGGAAUUCUGGGGCAAGAUAGUGACUACCUCAUCUAUGAUACAUGUCCCUACUUUUCCAUCGAGAACCUCCGUUUGGACAGCCUGGUCACUGUUAUGUACUCUCGAGAAGAUCUUUGCCGUGCGUUGGGUCUCAGUUUGACACACCUCCCUCUCUUUGCUUGCUUGCUUGGCAAUGAUAUUGUUCCAGAAAGCUUGUUGGAAGGCUUUUGGCGCAAAUGUUUAGUCACCAGUCCCCACAGGAAUAACAGCUACAGCAGAAGAGCAAACAUACUUCUGGCUGUAGCAAAUUACAUCUCAAAAAUCCCAUGCUCGGACAGCAGCCUGAAGCACUUCGAAGAGAUGCUACCUCUGGGAUCAGACAAAACAUUACUUUAUAGAGGACUGAAGUCCUAUCUUUUGCCUGGGCAGCAGUCUCCAUGGAUUCCUCCCAAUGUAAUGAAUUGUCAAAUGUUACCCCUUCAGCAGCAAUCAGCCAUCUGUCAAGAUAAAGAAAUCUUUCAGUUAGCUAAAGAACAACAUAUCCAAUCUGAAAAUUAUUCAAUCUUCAAUAUCCUGAGUAAUGGAGAGAUUGAGUGCAGCAACUCUCUGGAAGAUGACUGUGAUACAGAGAUUCCUGGACAGGCACUUAUCUACCGCCCUGCUCGUCAGCACAUUUAUUCCAUCUUGUUGGAAUCUGGAAAAGGUGGAGCCUAUCCUUCGGUAAAAGAGUGGUUUGUCUAUUUUGGAAAUCCUCUCAAGCAACCAGAGCUGAUACAACCUGUACAGCCUUCUGUUCCAGGUGGAACACCUAAUUUGAAAACACUGUGGUUUGCCAAAGGACCUGACGUGGAAAAGCAGCGCUAUAGUACAUUUCUGGCAUGCUUUCACCUUCAAGAUGAGAUGGAAGAACUCCAAGCUCUAGAAGCACCUGUUGCAGGAUUCUGCUGCUUGCUGGCCUAUCUUAUGGUGCAGGUCAGUAGCCUCUCUCUGGAGGACUUAAAUGCAUUUGUGGCACUCAUUCUCUGCCUCAAAGGGAAGUCAGCUGCUCAACUAGCAGGUCUGCAGCUUGCACAAGUAGACUCCAGAGGUGUUCAUCUUGGCGCUGUCUUUGUUCGUGGCCUCACAACUUUGCUCAUGGCCAAUAGUGCCUGUGGCUUUCCAUUCAGAAUGGAUGAUUUGAUGCCUUGGGCAAUGUAUGAUGGAAAACUUUUUCAAGAAAAAUACCAGCAGUCACACCGAGGUUGUUCUGUGGAAGAGCUUUUGGAAAGCAAUGAGUCUUUGUAUACACCUUUCGAGAAUCUGAAAUCUUUCAUUUGCAAGGUUUGCACAGCAAAGAAGAGAACGAUACAGAGCAGACCAAGAGGGAAUGGAUUUCUCACAGGGAGAGCACAAAGAGAUUUUAAUCCCAGAUUUCAACAGCCAUACAGAAAUUAUUUUGCUUCUCCAUAUCAUAACCAGAUGAGGGGGUUUGUACAGAGAAAUCAUCAACCACAAGGUAGAAGAUCGGGACACCCAGACCGGAGGAGAUUUCACCUUCCUCCUCGAUAA